AUGGGUCUGAGAGUACUGGUACGCAGUUCUCUAAUGCUUGCAGAAGCUGUUCUCAUUCAGAACAUUGGCCUUGAUAAAGGAAGCAAAAUGUUCAGAUAUAUUUUAAGUGCAAUGACUCUUAGCCGUAUGGAAACGUUGGAGGCCAGAAUAGAGAAUCUCAAAUUUUGGGGUCUCUCGGCCGAGGAAAUCUGGCAAGUAUUUAGGAUUGCUCCUAUAGUCUUCAGUUUCUCCAAGGAAAAUAUUGGUGAGAAGAUGAAAUUUGUAGUUAAUCAUUUGGAGGUCCCUACAAAUUCUGUAGUGAAUCAUCCUAAGUGGUUGCAAAACAAUUUAGAAUGGUCUAUGAGGCCCAGGUUUUUGGUUUGGCAGAAAAUCGAGUCCACCACUAGCCACGAUCUUUCUAUUCUCAAGGUAUUGAUGAUGACAGAGGGAAGGUUUAUCAAGAUUAUAGAAGGGCAUCCUGACUCUGAAACCUUGUGGACAAUUUAUGAAAAUGCCAUUUCUGAUGCGCCCAAUGGUACAAAGAGAUCAAGUAGUUUGAGAUUGUGA